AUGUACCAACAACAACAACAACCGCAACAACAGCAACAAUUGCAACCACUAUCUUCGUCAUCGUAUGCGUCAUCAACAACGUCACCAACAUCACCGAAUCCUUCGACGACAACAACACCAACGAACAACAUCAUUGCCGAUUGCGCUGUCUGCGGGGACAAAAGUUCGGGCAAACAUUACGGACAGAUGACUUGUGAAGGUUGCUGCAAAAGUUUCUUCAAGAGGUCCGUACGCCGAAACCUGACGUACAACUGCCGGGGAAACAGAAACUGCCAGGUAGACCAGCACCACAGAAAUCAAUGCCAGUAUUGCAGGUUAAAAAAGUGUUUGAAGAUGGGAAUGCGAAAGGAAGCUGUACAGCGCGGUCGCUUGCCCUCGUCCGGCCAACUGCCAUCAUCAACUUCCUCCACGUCAUCAGGUUGCUACCCCAUGAUCGGUUUCAUCUCCAUGCUCCUCAGAGCGGAGCCGUACGCAACAUCCCGCUACAACCAGCCACAACAACUGUCCGGCAGCAACAUCAGCAGCAGCAACAACAGCAGCAACGGCAACAACAACAUAACGGGCAUCGACAACGUUUGUGAACAAGCUGCUCGUCUCCUCUUCAGCGCCGUCGAGUGGGCGAGGAACAUUCCCUUCUUCCCAGAUCUUCAACCCACCGACCAGGUGUCUUUGCUGCGAGUGAGUUGGAGCGAGUUGUUCAUUUUGAAUGCUGCCCACUGUUCUAUGCCGUUCCACGUGGCCCCUCUGUUGGCAGCUGCGGGCAUCCACUCCAGCCCGGGGCAAGCAGCUAAUCGCGUGGUGGCCUUCAUGGACAACAUCCGAACAUUCCAGGAACAUGUGGAAAAGUUGAAAAGUCUUCAGGUUGAUUCAGCUGAGUACAGUUGCUUGAAGGCUAUCGUGCUCUUCAACUCAGAGGCGAGCGGGUUGUCCGACACGACACACAUCGACAACCUGCAAGAAAGGUCUCAAUGCGCCCUCGAGGAGUACGUGAGAACGCAGUACCCGAACCAACCGUCACGUUUCGGAAAACUUUUGCUACGCCUUCCUUCGUUGAGAACUGUUCCUCCGCAAGUCAUAGAGCAACUCUUCUUCGUCAGACUGGUCGGCAAGACACCGAUCGAUACUCUCAUCAAGGACAUGCUGCUCAGCGGCUCCUCAUUCAACUGGCCUUACAUGAACAUGCAAUGA